CGCUAGGUUGUAGCACGGCGGCGCCUUAGUUUGAAUUGCUUCUAAAUCACCAUGAACGUGUUGUUUUUUGAACUCAGACGAGAUGCAUACAGACCGAAGUAUGCAAAUAACGCGUUGUGAACCCAAGAGACGCUCGUGAAGGGUGCGCUGGGCGCCUGAAGUUGUGAUGACACUCAUGCAUACAUCUCUAGGAUUCUGUCUUGUCAUCUGACAUGUGUUUGGAUUCGUUGUAUCACCCCUAAUAACUCUUCCGAAUCACAAAAUAUCUAUCAAUAUAUUUGAAUAGGAUGAUGCAGCUGUGCUUCGAUAGUCGCUGGGGUCAGAGAUGUACCCGCUGGGCAGCGCCUGUUCACUAUAGCCACGUGGUGGCAACGUGUGCAAGCUCCGUUGCUGCCACAAACGAGAUGUCCGUCUCGGAGGAAGCGGGUAUAAACCUGAACAAAAUUUACUUAAAGGUGCUUGUCAAUACAGGUGUUCGAACAGUCGGAGCGGUAGUGCUGUCAGCUGUACCGGCAAUGCUAUGUCUCCGGAGCCCAGGCGCCCGAAUGUUCUUCGUCGGAGCAACAGGGGGAGCAGUUGGUGGAUGGAAUCUGCACAUCGCAGACACAAUUCUGAAAGAUCCUUUGAAGCACAAGAAUGCCAUUCCGAAGGCGGCAACAGUUGCUGAAUGUGCGGAGGAGUUGCGGCGUGAAUAUUACGAGGCUCUGCGACGAGGAUUCGACUUUAACAGGCUGUCAAAGGGACUAGAGUGGAUGAAAGACAGCCUUAUUAACGUGUGGAAGACUACUUUGUCGUCGUCAUCUACGACAACUCCAGGCGGCAAUCAGGACACGAAGAGAGAAUGAAGAGCUUCACGUAGAGUAGAAGGGAGGUGAAACUCAGGUGAUUUUUUGCAUUCUAGUAACUAUUACGAAACUCGAGUACUGCAUCAGCGUCUUGACUGUCGGUUAGAGUAGCGUCAAAUCAACAGACAGUGUCAUUCUGCACUUUUUCCCGAUCGAUUCUAGCACGAGUCCAUGCCUCCGGUCAACCACAUCGAAAACUGCUUGUAAUUGGGUGUUUACAGGGAGGCAUCCAAGACAAAGCCACUGCAGUGAGGGUCCCUGCAGAAUUCCUUCAAUACUUUUUUUGUUUUCUAGACACUGUCCGAAAGUAGCCUUCUCACUAAGUGUCACCGUGAAUAAAUAUUGUGUCAGUGAGUGUUGUUCGGCGGCUAUACUUUCGAUCCGCAGUGGUUGGUCGCGGGUGGAGUCUUCCUAGACUAACCAGAACUAACGCUCUUUGGCAAGGAUAUAUCUUUGUACACAGGCUUGUUUAUCUGCGAGCAUAGGUUGAAACUGGGUUCCAUUUUUCGAAUGAGUGCCAUGUUAACCCCCCAAGUCCUGUUCGGUACACUUCGUGUGCGGGCCCCAGCAUUACAGUCAAACCAUGUGAAGCGCAGUGGUUUCCUAAGAACUUUCUUCUCCGUCAGCCAUAACAAAUAGUGAAACAAGUGUACAUUUGUUUCGUCAUAACGAAAAAAGGAUGACGGGUGCGUGGACCAAACGCUGUUUUCCCCGUGAAGAACGCUGUGCGACAAGAGUCGAAACCUGAACACGUUGGAAGAUCCGGUGCUUUUUC